CCGGCCCGGGGCUCUGCGCAGGCGCGGGGCGGCCAUGGCUGCUGCCGUGGAGCGGCGGCUGGCGGAGUUCCGCGCCGCCCGGGGCCGCAGUGCCGCCUCGCCGCGUUCCGCGGAGCCACCGGAGAAGGCCGCGGCUGCAGAGGCCGCCGAAGGAGAGCGGGCGGCGGGCGCGGGCGGCGGCGCUCAGGCCGGUCCCGGCGGAGCGGCGACUCCCGUGUGGGCGCGUCCCCUGCUGCUGAAGGUGCUUCUCUGGGCGGUGCUGCUGGCACUGUUCGCCGAGCUGGAGCUGGGGUUGCCGUAUUUCGUCCUCUCCCUGCUCUACUGGAUGUACGCUGGCACUCGCGGCCCCGCCGAGCGGCGACGGGGCGAGCUGAGCGCCUAUUCCGUUUUCAAUCCCGGCUGCACCGCCAUCGCCGGGACGCUGACGGCCGAGCAGCUGGAGCGAGAGCUGUAUUACCGACCCGCCGCCGGAAGGUAGCAACCAGCCCUUCGCCCCGGGGAGCAGCAGGGCUGCCGGGGACCGGCGCUUUGCCCUGGCGGCCCCCGCCACCUCCGACGCUCCCAUUACGGACCCGAGGGAAGGGUUGGGGUUUUUCCUAUGCGCAGCGCCACUUCGGCAGGUACACUGGGCCAGGUUUCCCCCGGCGCGGUUCGAUCCCGAAUAAAGUCGUAGCAAAG